AAACGCAUUCGGAAAUGGAAAUUGGUGUACUAAGGCUACCAUUCUCUUCAAAAUUCCGUUAAAUCACCAACCUGACUCGAACGCACGGAGAGCCGAGCCCAACCAAAAGAAAAGCAACAAUCUUGACGGAGAAAAAGUGAGGUACUGAUGAGAAUUAAGAGUAGCCCAGAAGUCAUAUAUUAGCUUAUCUUUUUCAAACAACAAUCGUAGUGGAAAUUUUUCAAGCAUGAACAGAAACCCGUUUCCAGGGAAGGCAUAUAUGCUGAUUUAAACAAACAUAUAUGCAUAUUGUUUUAAAGGGGAGUUGGGUUUUUGAGGGAUUUUAGUUUGGUGCCUAGAUUAAAGAGGGAUGAUGGUGGAGGAUGGUGGUGGUGAGGCAGAAGAGAAAAGUGGCAGUGGUAGUGGUGUUCGGUUUUCAUCGAAGGCGAAGGCUUUGGGUUUAAGAGAAUCAGGGCAAUCAAAUUGGUUGACUAAUUUUCACAGAGAUCUGUUGGCAGGCGCAGUGAUGGGGGGCGUCGUGCACACGAUUAUAGCCCCGAUUGAGAGGGCUAAGCUGUUGUUACAAACCCAGGAGAGUAAUAUUGCUAUUUUAUCUGGGCCGCAUAGGAGGUUUAAGGGGAUGUUUGAUUGCAUAGCCAGGACAAUUAGAGAAGAAGGGAUUCUUUCUCUGUGGAGAGGCAAUGGGAGCAGUGUUCUGAGAUAUUACCCUUCUGUUGCUCUCAAUUUUUCUCUCAAGGAUCUCUAUAAGAACAUCUUACGUGGUCAAGGCAAUCCUCUUAUAUCUGGGCCAUCUGCUAAUUUCAUUGCUGGAUCUGCAGCUGGUUGUACGACCUUGGUCAUCAUCUAUCCACUUGAUAUUGCACAUACACGCCUUGCUGCUGAUCUUGGAAGGACAGGUACCCGUCAAUUCAGGGGAGUUAGCCACUUCCUCAGUACCAUUUAUGAAAAAGAUGGAAUAAAAGGAAUUUACCGGGGGCUUCCAGCCUCUCUGCAGGGGAUGAUUGUGCACCGGGGCCUUUACUUUGGUGGUUUUGACACGAUGAAAGAGAUUAUGUCAGAAGAAACUAAACCAGAUGUGGCCCUUUGGAAGCGUUGGAUAGCAGCUCAAGCAGUUACAACAUCUGCUGGGUUGAUAUCUUAUCCAUUGGACACUGUUCGGAGGCGGAUGAUGAUGCAAUCUGGCUUGGAGCAGCCAAUGUACAGAAGUACAUUGGAUUGCUGGAGAAAGAUUUACAGGACAGAAGGGUUCUCAUCAUUUUAUCGUGGAGCCCUUUCAAAUAUUUUCAGAAGCACUGGUGCCGCUGCUGUUUUAGUUUUGUACGAUGAAAUUAAGAAGCUCAUGGAUUGGACUGGCUUAUAGCAGCACAAAAUUUUUGUAUUCCUCUUUGUUCAUCUCAAGAGUAGGUUUUAGACUAGAGUGCAGGAGUGAUACUGCCCAGCACAGAGAAAGCAGAAACUGAACAUUGAAUGCAGUCGAUACUUGAGCUAUCUUGAGGACCUAAUCAGAUUGAUGUCGAGUUCAAAUUUGAUUUCUUCAUCUCAUAGUAAAUAAAGAGCCGAGUUUUUUGGUAAUUCCUUGA